AUGGCCAAUAACGAUAUGGUUUCCUUCCAAGUUCCAACAUUCAACAAGAAUAACUAUGACAACUGGAGCAUCAAGAUCAAGGCUCUCCUUGGCACCCAAGACAUGUGGGAGAUAGUGGAGAAAUGUUACAUCAAAUCAAAGAAUGAAGGAUUAGAUGACGAUGCAUUUGAGAAGGUCUCGAAAGCCAAGUCGACUAAAGAAGCAUGGGAGAAACUUAAAAUCUCCUACAAGGGCGCUGAUCCAGUCAAAAAGGUACGGCUUGAAACCUUAAGAGCCAAGUUUGAAAUGCUACAGAUGAAGGAAGGAGAAAUCAUAUCUGAUUAUUUUUCUAGAGUUUUGAUGGUAACCAAUCAAUUAAAGAGGAAUGGUAAAAAGUUAGAUGAUGUUAAAAUCAUGGAGAAAAUUCUGAGAUCAUUAGAUUCAAAUUUUGAUCAUAUGGUCGCCAUUAUUGAAGAAACAAAAGACUUGGAAGCUAUGACAUUGAAGCAGCUCUUGGGUUCAUUGCAAGCCUAUGAAGAAAAGAAAAGGAAGAAGGAAAGAAUAGUGGAACAAUUGUUCAAGACCCGGAUUGAUGGAGCUAAAGAAGAAAGUAGCAGCCGUCAUAAUAAUUGA